AUGGGGAAGGACAGGGAAAUGCAAGCCACAGAGCACAAGUGUUUACAAAUGAACAUUUUCUUACUGUUUGUUCUGUCAGUUUUUUUCAGGAAGCUCUUCGUCCUUCAAUUGGUAGGGCUGGUGCUAACUUAUAACUUCUCUAACUGUGACUUUAAGAAGAUUGUGAUCAUCUAUGAUGAAAUAAUUUCUGAAGACCUGAAGGUCCCGGGCAAGUUCACCCAAAUACAGCCCUGUUACAAUGCGUCGGCUCCGUUCUUAUUAGAGGCACCUUCAUCUUGCUUUCCUCUCCUUGCCCCCUUUCAUUCAAUUUUUAAUUCCUGGCGUUUCCCCCAUUUCUCCUUGAACUCUGCCGCUUGUGAGCAGACAGAUUGCCUCAUGAAAAUAGAGCACCAGACUUUUAAUCCUGCCAGUGGCUGCCCUUCACUACCCCGGAAACCAUUCGCCAUAAAAACGAAGUCUACCCUCACUCUCCACUGCCCAGGCUACUCUGGAACUCAGAGAAACACUACUAACCAGAAAACAGGGAAAGACAUUGAACGCAACUGUCGGAAUCAAAUGUUACAAAUCAUAGCAUGGUGGCGUCAUUUCUGUCAAAUUCCAAAAUAA